AUUUUUAAUUAUAAUUGAGAUUUUUAAUUCUAAAAUUUUGCCAAUUAUUAGUUUGACAAGACUUAAAUGCUUAGUGUUUCGUAAAUGAGUAGAUAAAUGCUUAAUGUUUCGUAUAUGAGUAGAUUUUGAUUGAGAUUUAACAAUGAUUAAAAAUUUUAAAAAGAAAACUCUCUUUUCUCUCUAAAAAACUCCGCUCUCUCUCUCUCUCUCUCUCUGAAAUUUUCUCUGUCUUCUGUUUUCAUGGUGAUACCAUAGACAGGUGAAUUGAUCUGCUAAGAAAGAGAAGAAGAGAGAUGGGGUCUUGUGCGUCUAGACCUGAAGGCUGUGUUGGCCCAAGGUUAAGGUCUUCUAAGAAGAAAAACCGUAAAAGGAGGAAAAGCUUCAAGAAAAGAGUGCCUUCUCGGCUAUCCGAGGCAUCCUCCGAUAAGCUUGAUAGGUCUGCUCCACCUGACCAUCACUCUUCCUUCAUCCACCCAACUUUUCAAGAGCAUAUAGUCCAACACUGGGAUUUCGAUACAGGAAGCGAGGAGUUGUGGUUUGAUCCAGUUGCAGCAUUCGACUCAGACUGUGAUGAGGAGUUUGAAAGUGUUCAGGAGGAUAUGCUAUCUUUAAAUGGUCUUGAAGGUGUAUUUGUCUCCAGUAUUUCUUCUCUAAGAGAUGCUAAUUAUGGAGAACAUUCUUCUUUCAUUGGACAGAUGCAGAAACCAGAGGAUUUAUCAACUGGUAAUUCUGCACGAAACUCUGCUAGUGAGGUCACUAGAAAUUCAAAUAGUCAGGUCUUGAAUUUUGAGGAUGUUAGUCCCCAACCAAAAUCUGAUGGGCCCUCAAAUGAAGCAAAGCAGCAUGUGUUCCUUGAUGAUAUUGCCUCCUCUGUGGAUGAAGCUUCUGGAAAAGAGGACGGAUUGUUGGAUAACUGUGGCAUUCUUCCUAGCAAUUGUUUACCUUGUCUUGCAUCUACUGUUCCAUCAGUUGAAAAGAGAAGAUUGUUCAGCUCUAGCCCACCAAGUGCAAGGAAAAAGACUGCCUUAAAACUUCCAUUUAAAUUGAGAGAAGGACAUCCCAAUGCUGCCCUAUUUUCGUCAAAGAUGCUUCUUCAGAGACCAAAAGCAGGGUCUCAAGUACCAUUUUGCCGUAUAGAAAAGAAAAUGUUUGAUUAUUGGUCUCAUAUUGAACCUGGUACUUUCAAGGUUCGAGCAGAAAAUUAUUCUAGGGAUAAGAAGAAGGAUUUUGCACCUAACCAUGCUGCAUAUUAUCCUUUUGGCGUUGAUGUAUUCUUAUCUCCACGAAAAAUAGAUCACAUAGCUAGAUUUGUUGAACUCCCUGUUAUUAGCCAUUCUUGGAAACUACCAUCUAUCCUUGUUGUAAAUGUUCAGAUUCCCUUGUAUCCUGCUGCACUUUUUCAGAGUGAAACUGAUGGGGAAGGGAUGAGUUUUGUUCUGUACUUUAAGCUUUCCGAAAUUUACAUGAAGGAGCUGCCACCUAACUUUCAAGAAAACAUCAGGAGGUUAAUCAAUGAUGAAGUUGAAAAGGUUAAAGGAUUCCCUGUAGAUACAAUUGUCCCAUUUCGAGAAAGGUUGAAAAUAUUAGGCCGUGUUGCAAAUGUGAAAGAUCUUCAUAUGAGUGCAGCAGAGAGGAAGCUUAUGCAGGCAUAUAACGAAAAGCCGUUUCUUUCACGUCCACAGCAUGAGUUCUACUUUGGAGAAAAUUAUUUUGAGAUUGAUAUAGAUAUGCACAGAUUCAGUUACAUCUCUAGGAAAGGUUUUGAUACAUUCCUAGAUAGGCUAAAGCUCUGCAUCUUAGACGUUGGCCUCACAAUUCAGGGUAAUAAACCUGAAGAGUUGCCAGAGCAGAUCUUAUGUUGUAUACGGUUAAGUGGCAUUGACUAUAUGAAUUACCACCAACUGGGCUUAGUUCAAGAAUCCUUUGAUAAUUUCUGAGCUCAAUAGCCUCUAGCCAGAGAUAAGUGGACUUCUUCAUCUUCUUAUCUCCCUACUCAGGUGACAUUUAGAGCUUACAGUCACUGCUGCCGUUGCUGCUCAAUGUGUUUGGUAACAAAUGCAAUUCAAGAGGUUUUUGGUCAAAACGUGUCAGCUAGGAUGGCAAUAAUCGUGAUGAGAUAUGCACAAAUAAUUUGUACUAACAGAGAGAUAUGGUCAUGAAUUUAUUU